AUGUCUAAAUACGCAUGGUAUACAAGAGUCACUGAUGCGGUUCAUCGUUUGACUGUUUUGACUUUAGUUGGUGGAUCUCUGUAUAUGAGUGGUGGAUUAGUCUACACAAUGUACAUGAAUGGUAAAAAGUAUGAACAACAGCAACUUGCUUCUGGUUCCUCCAAAUUGAGCAGCGAUGAAGCUAGAGAAUUGGAAGGUUCAGUAGCAUCUUCUGAAUAG